AUGUUAGAUGAAGCUAAUAACUUUCAUCCUAACAUUAAACUAGUGCGAGAAAUUGGUAGAAGUGUUCCAUUUCUUGAUGUACUCAUUGAGAACAGAAAGGGCACUUUAACAACUUCAGUGUAUCAUAAAGAAGUAGCUGAGCCGUAUGUCGUACCAUUUGGAUCAGAUCACCUUGAUCAUGUUUUCCGAAACACUGUUGACACUGCUAUUACGAGAGCAGUUCGUUAUUCAACAACCUUAUCUGAGUUCAAAGAAGAAAUACGACAAAUGAAACUCAUGUUUCUCUAUAACGGGUACCCGGCAAGACAUAUCCAUCGGCAGCUCACUACAUUAGUCAUUGAAAAUCGUCUCACCGGAUAUCCUCAUCUUAUACCACGAAGCGAUGCUAUUUUGAAACAAUAUUCAGAUCAUCUUCUCGAUUAUCUUAAUCAAAGUUAUUUUACACCAUUAUCAUAUAAAGAUCAAUUAAUAAGCCGUGAACAAGCACAAAUUCUUGGAUCAAUUCGACGAAUAAUUCAAAAUAUGAAUCUUAUUAUUCGUGUCACUGAUAAAGCAAAUAAUUUUUAUAUUGGUUCAGCUGGUGAAUUUGAACAAAAAGCUAGAAAAUUUUUCUCUGAUACAAAUGCUUUCACAGAAUUAUCUUCCAAUCCAUUCAAUGAAAUAUUGAAUAAAGUUAUACAAUUACUCAAUACACUUCGUGGAAAAGAUCUUAUUCGUAAAUGGCAAUAUGAACAAAUGAUGCCUGAUCGAACAACAGACAAAAUUUUACGACCUAUAUUUGAUGCUAAAUGCAAAGAUACAACUAUUAUUGAUGGCGCUACUUUAAUUACUGAACUUUCAAAAUAUAACAAAAAAGGUCUCUUAAAGUCAACAACUCUUUUUUGUACAUUCGAUAUUCGUAAUUUAUAUGCAAUGUUACCACAAGAAGAAACAUUAGAUAUUCUUAUCACAUUUCUUCAUGCUCAUGGUUAUAGAAAAGCGAAAGGAAUUAAUAUUGAUACAAUAAAAAAAUUAGCUUCGAUUAUUCUCAAAGACAAUGCUUUUGCUUAUGGUAAAAAAAUUUAUAAACAAACAACUGGUGGUGCUAUGGGUUCAUCAUUGACAUUAACUUCAGCUAAUCUUUUUAUGGCAAAAUGGCAAAAAAAUAUUGUUGAAGAACAAACGAAGACAGGUGAAUUUUAUGGACGAUAUAUUGAUGACAUUUUUAUGACUUGGAAUAGAUCUGAAGAAGAAUUAAGAAAAUUCUUAGAUGAUGUGAAUACAUGGCAUCCAAAUAUUAAAUUAGAUUAUAAAAUUGGUAAUAGUCUUCCAUUUCUUGAUGUACAACUUACAAAUCAUAAUGGCAUACUAUCAACAUCUGUUUAUCAUAAAUCUGCAGCUGAACCAUAUGUAAUACCAUUUACAUCUGAUCAUCCACGACAUGUUUUCAUCAAUAUUAUCCAAACGUGUCUUGCACGUGCUGUAAGAUAUUCAUCGACAUUCGAAGCUUUUAAUUAUGGACGACAUUACAUUAAAUUGAUGUUACUAUACAAUGAGUAA